AGAGAGAGGUUUCCUCUUCCUAGGGUAAAGGUUCCCCUUUCCUUUUUCUUUCUUUUUUCAUUUUUCUAUUUCCUCUCCCGCCGCCGCCGCUUUCCACCCGAAACCGCCGGAGAAAAAAAAAAAAUCCCUCUUCGCCACACGUGUCAAUUUGCCUCAAUUCUCUAUCUUAAUUUCACACAGCCCCCUCCCUCUACCCAUAUUUCCUCUCCCCCUUUUCCAAUUCCCCCUUCACUGUAGCAUGUAUUGUAUUUCCCAAACUUCGAUCGUCUGAUUUUAUUCUAUUUUUCCCAAAUCCCAAUUUCAUUUUUACUAUUAGAACCUCAAAUCAAGGACUCGAUAUCUCCCAUCUAUCAAUUGUGUUGUAAAAAUAAAAUUAGGUUUGGUUUUGAAGAAAAAAAAGAUCAGGUUUUUCUGUUAUUCGAUUAAUUCGUUGAUUACGUAUAUAUCAGUUUGGUAAUUAGGUCCUUUUUUUUUGUAAAUUAAUUCAUAUUUUCUGGAUAGUAGUUGCUUUGGGAUUCUUUCAUUUUUUUGUAUAUAUUGAAAGUUUCGAUUUGACGAUCGAUUUGAUAGCUGUAGGUGGAAAGAUUACAACCCUUAGGUCAAUUCCAAGAAAAACUCAGUGAAGUUUUUGGUGCUUUUUUUAGUGUCAUUGAAAAUCGAGGGUUUUCUUGUUUGAAUCUUUUUGCAAAAAAACAAAUUUAGUAUAUCCCCACCCCCAACCUCCCUAAAAUCAGUUUCAAAAAUCCAUAAAAAGUAAAAAACGUAAGUAAAAAAAAAAAAGAUUUUUAUUGUUUGGAGUUUUGUAGAUUGUUGUUCAUUAUCCAUUUGGGGUACUAGGAAAGAAAAAAGAAAAAAAAAAAAACUGAGCUAGUGAUUGAUGUAGAAAUAUCGAGAUGGCCUUGAACUAUUCACACAGGCAGGUGUUUUCACCGCACAUUGCCGAGGAUAACUUGGUAUCACCGGUGAGGAGGAUUGUGAAUGGGUAUUUUGUGGAGGGUUCUUCUGAAAAGAAUGGAGAAGGUUACUCGAACACGUGGCAUGUAAGCGCGGGAGAAGCCGAUGAGCGAAAUUUCGAGUGCGAUAUUGAUAUAGUUGAUCUUUGUAGCUCGUCGGAGUUGUCCUCUUCAGACUCGUCUGAAUCAGAGGAUAUACGGAACCUUUUGCCCACCGAUCCAUUUAACAUGGGUAUGGAUCUAAAGACUACUUUCACUGCCAUCACGGGAUGGCUCGAGGAUUUGGAGGUUGAAGGGUAUAUGAUGAGUGACAGUAGUUGGCCCGACGCGGAAGGUUAUGGUUUAUUCGCUAGAUGGAACUUAUUUUGGAACAGUUCUUUAAAUUUGGAGCCAUUUCCUGAAAGUAUGGGUGCACGGUCCUUUCCAAGCUAUCUUCACAUUCGUGAGAAACCGACUGUGGGUAGCAAUUAUUUACCUCAAAGUCUUCACUUUGAUGAGAAAUUGAAUGAGCCCAUUACGACAGCUGGAUUGGGGGAUAUCGCGGGCUUAUCGAAUGUGAGUGUUGCAUGCAGCUCGGCCGAGCUGCAAUCCAGAGAAGAGGUGGAGGGUGCUGCCGAAUUCGACGGGGCGCCUCAUGAAGCUUUAGCUUUUGCUCUCAGCUAUUUGGGAGUGAAGGAUCUUUUGUCCGUCGAAAGGGUUUGUAGGUCUUUACUUUCCACUGUCCGAGGUGAUCCUUUGUUCUGGAUGACGAUCCACAUUGAUCAACCUCUUAAUGAAAAGAUGACGGAUGAUAUUCUUCUGCAAUUGGUUAGCAGAGCUCAAGGUAGUUUGCAAUGUUUGAGCUUAGUGGAGUGCCCUAAAGUAACUGAAGAUAGUUUGAGGCACAUACUUGCAACAAAUCCACGUUUAACUAAGCUGUGUGUUCCCGGGUGUACGAGGAUCAGUAUUGAAUGCAUACUGAACAACAUCAAGGCAUAUAAUAACUGCAACAAAGAUGUCGGAGGUAUAAAGCUCGUUAGAAUUGGUGGAAUCUAUGGCGUUACUCACGAGCACGUGGACGAGUUGAAGUUAUUAUUGGGUGCUAACGACAACAUCGGAAGCUACCGCAAGCCGCAUUUAUACCAGCGGGGUAGCUGUUACAUUUCGUACGACGAUGAUCGUGCAAUAGAUAUUGAAAUGUGCCCGAAGUGCGAGAAAUUCAGGUUGGUUUACGAUUGUCCGGCCGAAGGUUGUAGAGUGAAAGACAAGUCACCUCAAGCGUGCAGGGGUUGUACCCUGUGCAUCGCAAGGUGCGCCCAGUGUGGCAGGUGCGUUAACGACACCGAAUUCGAAGAAACGUUCUCGCUUGAGUUGUUGUGUUCGGAUUGUUUUAAGCAGCUGGUGAAGUACAGUGACAAGAAGGAUGAGAAGUUUGAAUCCUGCUCAGCUCUCGUCGAGCCGAGUUGCCACGUCAGCAGUCUUCAUGGGUGACAGACUUACGUAGGACCCGCGUUUAAAAUCUCGAAUCAAGAAUGUAUUUGGGAAAGCUGUUUUGGGCUUCGGUCUCCACUGUUUGAUGCUCCUAGUUCGUAGAAAGUGAUUGUUUGGUGGGGCUUUCUGAUUUCUGGUGUUUGUAGUGACGAGAAGCGAAAAUAGACCCAAAAAAAAGGUAAAAAUGCGUAAAAAAGAAAAUUCAUGAAAAAAAGAGCGUAGGACAAGGGUAUUGGAUUUUUGUCGACUUGGAGAAUUGCAUGGAGAAGUUGGAAAUCGUUAGCUUUUUCAACCUUGAUUUAUUCGAGCCAUGCGUAUAUUUCCUUCGGCUGAUGGUGCUUUUUGAAAUCUGAUCAUCUCCAUCGGUCGUUUGUUUAUAUCGUAAAUCUGAAGAUUGAAAGUAUACCACACGUACGCGCUAUUUAAUGAUUGCUGUGGGGAUAUUACGAGAAGUGAGAAGACUUCGUGUUGGAUUUAUCGUGUUUAGUUUCGUUCCACUUUAACUAUAAUUCUGGGAAUGUGUCCUUAAUAAAGUAUGUUGACUGUUAAGUGAGGUUGUUUUUAUUUUAUGAAUAUUGCUUGUUCUGGUAAUAAAAGAACUUAGUGCUGAAUGAAUCUCCUUUUGGAGAUCAACUUGUUAUGAAUAAGAGUUGUUUUAUUAUUUAUGUUAAAGACUAUUUGUUCA